AUGUCAAUCUUACAUGUACCGCUUGUUGUAAUUUGCAUGUUGGAUUAUGGCCAGGCUUUCUUGGAAUUAAAUACUGCCUCUUUAGGAAAUUCAACACCACCUAAUCUUCCGGCGGCAUUUUCAACGGCAUUACAAAAGACCUUGACUAUCAAUGCGCAACAGACCCUAGUAUUUGAUAAGGUUUUGACCAAUGUCGGAAAUGGUUACGAUUUACAAAGCGGGAAAUUUACUGCACCGGUAAAAGGAUUACAUCUGAUUACUGCUACUGCCUUUAAUUUUUAUCACGUGUCACCUACUCUGGAAAUUGUACAAAAUAACAUUUCGCUGGUAGACUUGUAUCUUGAUGGAAGUGGACAUCAGAACUCAGCGAUGACACAAACUUUAAUUCUAAUGUUAAAUAAGGGUGAUUCUGUUUGGGUGAGAAGUAAAACGGACGCUGCCAAACUUUCCGGAUCAGCUGGACAACCAACAGGAGUGUACAAUACCUUUUCGGGAUACUGUAUUAAAAAUGUAGAGUAAAACCGGAAUCCACCUAAAUUUUUAGAA